AUAAUUUCUCUUCAAAUGGAUGAGGAGUUUGCAAUUCCCCUGGACACUGCUGAAAUUCCACAGUAUACAAGGUGGCUCGUUAUUGCAGUUGGUCUAGUUCGGGCAUAUCUGGCUAAAGGCAGCUACCACAGCCUUUACUAUUCAAUAGAAAAGCCCCUGAAAUUCUUCCAAACUGGAGCUUUGCUUGAGAUUCUGCACUGUGCACUUGGCAUUGUUCCCUCUUCUGUUGUUCUGACUGCUUUCCAAGUGAUGUCAAGGGUUUUCCUGACGUGGGCAGUAACACAUAGUGUAAAAGAGGUACAAACUGAAGACAGCGUCCUCUUGUUUGUAGUGGCCUGGACAAUCACCGAGAUAAUCCGUUACUCUUUUUACACAUUUAGCUUGUUAAACCAUCUCCCUUACCUCAUCAAAUGGGCAAGGUACACUUUGUUUAUAGUAUUGUAUCCAAUGGGAGUCUCAGGUGAAUUACUCACAAUAUAUGCUGCAUUACCCUACGUCAGGCAGUCUGGCUUGUAUUCCAUUAGUUUACCUAACAAGUACAAUUUUUCAUUUGACUACUAUACAUUCCUGAUCCUGGUCAUGAUCUCUUACAUUCCAAUCUUCCCUCAGCUGUAUUUCCAUAUGCUGCAUCAGAGGCGAAAGGUACUCUCCCACACUGAAGAGCAUAAGAAGUCGGAGUAAUUCCAACUCCUUUUCAGAACUUUUCAAACAUCAAAAUGCUGCAGUUUUUCAAUACCCAGCACAUUUGUAAAGAGUAUACCAAGAUAAGUCAGAGGUAAAAGACCAGUAAUUUAGCAAGAAUAACCAAUAAAUCUGAUUUCAGUGAAAUUCCAGGAUGUCAAAUAUUGAAAUAAUUUUCAGCUUGCAGUGCUUCAGAAAACUUAAACUUUAUAUGGCUUGGCAGUUAACCUUUUCCUUAAAUGAUGUGCUAAAUGGUUUUCAUUUAUUACUAAAUGCCUGAAGGUUGCAGUAUGAGUGAUGAAGCUGUACCCACUAAAUGCCUGAAUUGGGAUUAUAUUACUGAUACCUCUUUUUUUAAGUGCUUGACUGCAUGCCAGAAACUGUAUGUAUUGCUGUGAAAGCAAACAAUGUGCUCUGGAAUACUUCAGGAUAAUGUCAGAGACUUCAGUGGAGAAUGUAAUCUGGGAAAAGUGUUGAAUUUAGAAAGGUAGGUUGUGUAUUUAAAAGGUGAUGGGAACAAGAAGAAGAAACCAAUUACGGAAAAUGAGGGGAAUUGUGGUUCUUUAGGAAUUUAAACAGUACAGUGUCUGACCAGAGUGUGUUCUCUGAAGAUCUUGUUUAAGCUCAUCACUCAAAUGCUAAGAUUAAUUCAGAGGCUGUAAUUCUUAUCUGAAACCUUAAAACUACCCCAAGUACUGCAUCCCUGAAUACUUUUUUACAUAAUAAAAAAAAUAAAUAAAUUAAUACUAACUGUAAUACUUCUAGUGGUAUCAGUAAUGAAUCUAAACAAUAUAAAGGAGUAGGUCACCCAGAAGCAGGUGCACUUCUCCCUUUUUUAUUAUAAAUUAUCAUCUCUAAUCAUUGUCUGUGAUACUCAUCUUUCAGUACUGAGGACUACUUGUAUUUGGGGGCCUUGUUCCUUAGCCUGACUUUUCUCAAGUGACUGAGGUCAUCAUUCUGGCACAUCCAAGCAGGCAGUUCCAGGCACUCGAAUUCUGAAGUGUUACAAAGUCAGAAUCUGCUCCUUGCAGAGCAGAUUAUCUCACGUGUUACAUGCUGCCUUUGCAGACUGGACAAACCACCCUCAUCUGUUCCUUGAAAAGAGUGGAAGACCACAAAAAGUUAUAUUCUCCUAGGUGCUUUCUCUGGGUUCUCAGGUUUCACCAUCCCUUGGGAAGGUAAAAGGAAAAUGAAAGAGCUGAGAAAGCCUGGUGGUGGGGUAGGAAGCACUACUGCUGUGUGAGCUGUGCCCCAAGUCUAGAAGAAACUUCUGAUGGGGAGUAAAAGAGUGGGGAAUGAAAGGAAUAAAAGGAGAAGGAAAAUGAGUAGAUAUCCAGGCAGAGACAAAAGGAAAUGUAGGUUAUGGCUUUGCUCUGUUAGGAAUUGAUGGCCAUGCAGUCAGCCACUAGACCAUGUGGACUUCCCUGGCUUCCCUCUUGUUCCAUGAUUUAGUGUCUAAAUGAGGUGUGACCGCUCCCAUGCUACCUGCAAUGCUGCCUCCUGCUGUGCCUGCCAGCACCUCCCCUGGACACGGCCCAGUUCUGUUUGACACAUCCCAGCUCUCCCUAAACACAGCCGGGAAGUACUCAGGACACAGGCUCUCUGUUCUAGCAGCUGGGAAGAGCUGGAUUUACAAUUUUUUUGGUUUAUGCUUGUCAGAGCUAUAUUUUAAAAAAACAACUUGGCGUUUUUUCAGUAAUUUUCUUUGGCUCCAUCAAAACUACUGAAUUUUCCUAACUCUCACUAUAUAGAGUCUUUCCUGUUCAACACAAACAGGACUAUUAUAAGCAGAGAGAGGACAAGAGGCAGUAAUAAUCUUUGCUUCUAUUUUCAACAUUUUGGAGCCAAUUAUUGACUGGAUUAAAAAAAACAGGACGUUGUAGCAAUUUGGGUGUUGGUCUUUUCUCCAAAAGUUCUAUUAUCCAAAGUUACAAGCAAUAGGACUAGAGGAUAUUGCCUCAUGUUGUGCCAAGGAAGGUCUAGGUGGGAUAUUGGGAAAAGUUUCUUCAUGGGAAAGGAUUGUCAAGCAUUGGAACAAGCUGCCCUGGGGAGUGAUGAGAGUCACCAUCCCUGAAGGUAUUUAAAAGAACUGAAGAUGUGGUGCUUAAGGACAUAGUUUACUGGGAUUUUGCAGUUUGGGGGUGAUGGUUGGACUCAGUGUUAGAGGUCUUUUCCAGCCCAACUAAUUCUGUGAUUCUAUAUGUGACCUUAUACAACCUCAAAAUGGUUUUGGAUUCAAAGAUGCAACAAUUCAGUUCAUUUCUGUAUUAGGUUAUGUGCUUUGUUGUAGUGAUCUGAGAAAUGUUAUAUUAUUCUGAACUCAUUGUUUGAAAGUGUAAACUUCCACCUCUGAACAAAACAUCUCCUUUUGCUUAUACUUGCUGUUAAAGAAGUUAAUGUCAGUAUUUCUGAAGGAUGUCAUCUAAAAGAUCUGAUUUCCUCAUGUACUUAGGUUACUGGAUAUUGUCAAUGCUCAGCUCCUGAACUUUUCUUAAUUUGAUUUCUGUGCCCAAAUAAAAGAUUUGGUUUCAAA